AGGAAGGUGAGCUUUCGGAUUAUCACCCCGUCACUGGGCCUGACCUUACCUGUUGAGGUCACUUCUUAUCAUCAUGCCACCUAGCGUCUGCUGGGCGUCGUGAGGCUUUCCUGAGCCCCCCAAGCCAUGGGCAUUCGCUCCGUGUUGCGCCAGGCGCGCGCGCAGGGGUGGCGCGACGACACGGUGGAGUACGCCAUCUUCCCGGACCCGGACUCCUUCGAGCUGCCGCCCCCCGCGCCUGGUCAAGAAGCGGCGGGCGAAGAGGCGGUGCGGCGCGGGUUGGAGGCGCUGCGCGUGGCGUGCCUCGACGUCGCGGCAACGCUCGCGGGCGACGCGCGGUGGCACCUCGACCCCUUCCAGCUCUGGCCCGCGCUGCCCCUCGCACGACAGGCGGGGGAGCAGGCGGUGCGCGGCGAUGAGGGGGAGGGCGCGGACGAGGAGGAGGGCGGGGAGGAGGGCGCGGAGGAUCGGUUGCCGAUGCGAUGGCGGGACACGGGGGAUGGCGUGCCGUGGGGGCUGGCGGACGACGACGAGGAGGGGGAGGGGGACGAGGGGGAAGGGGCGGAGGGCGAAGGAGGAGCAGAUGGGCGUAGAGGGGAGCGCGGGCGGGAGGGCGCGCCGCCGCAUCUGUACGGGCGUACGCGGUACGGCGCGUGUGUGGACGACGAGUGGCUCGUGGCGUGGCUGCUGCUCGCCAUCUCCGCCCGCCUCCCCUUCCUCUCCAUCCGCCUGCGCGACGCCGACGGCGACUUUGUGCUGAUAGAGGCGGCGGACGCCCUGCCACGCUGGCUCUCGCCCUCCUGCUCGCGCAACCGCCUGCUGCUCCGGCAGGGUCGGCUGCAUCUCGUACAUCCGCGCCUGCGCCGCCCGCCCUACCGCCACGCCUCGCUGCACGCCGCCCUGGCUGCCGUGCGCAGCGCCCACGAGCCUACUGAAGCUUCUGAGAAGAUUCACCGCGCCGUGAUGAGGCGGCUCGAAGGGCUGCCAGGCACGGCGCUGGCAGCUGUGCACACCGCCAGGUGCCGCCUCCCCAUCCGCGCUGCGCAGGUGCUCCACCUGGACCCCUCCCUCGUGCCACUCGCCGCCCACGCCUUCCUGCAGUCGGACCACGGCUCCUCCACCUCCCCCGCACCGUCCUUCUCCCGCCACUCCUCCUCCCUCCCCCUCUUCCUCCCUCACUCCUCCUGCCCCUGCGCCCUCGCGUCCUCCCGUCCCGGCGCCCCACCCUGCACCACAUCCCCCACGCCACCGCCCACUGCGCCCUCCCGCGCCCCCCCCUGCACGGCGCUGGUGGACGUGAUGGUGUCGUUCCCCCGCGCCUGCUUUGCCCAGCUCUCCCUGCGCCCCUUCUCCCCCCCGCGCGCCUUCCCCCUGCCCUUCCCCUCCGACCCCCUCUACCCCUCCGCCCUCCUGGGCAGCAAGCUCGCGCUGGGGCUGGAACUGCUGAGCGCGGGAGGGGCGGAUGGGGAAGAGCGUGUGGAGAGAGCAGCAGGGAGCGGGGAGGCGUGUGUGUGCGAGUGUGACGAAGUGGUGGCGCCUGCGUGGCUGGGGGGAGAGGGGGGCGAGGGUGGGAGUGUGCCGCCAGCGCUGUGGGCGUGGGGCGACCUGCUGGGCGCGCUCACAGAGGGAGGGCUCUUCCAGGCGCGCCCACCGCCCACCGCUCACUCAUCCUCUGCUGCUGCUGGCCCUGCUGCUGCUGCCUGUGUGGGGGCAGGGGGGACCGAGGAGCAACGGGGCAGUGGGACAGUGGGGGGGGAGCGGCGGACGGCCAUAGAGAAGGAGAUGAGCAAGCGGUUCAAAGCAGUGCAGCAGUUUGCACAGCUGAGCGCCACAGCCGCCUCCCCCGCGGCGCGCAUCUUCUCCCUGCUGGCGGGCGCGCCUGCUCCUCGCCCCAGGGACUUCCCGCGCGGCUGGCUGCGCGGCGACGACAGCGAGCGGUGGAUGCGCGACGCCGUGGACGCCAUGGAGCGCAGCAUGGCCGCGCGGCAGCGCCACAUGCAGGGGGAAGACGCGCGCAGGGGGGGCAGGGGGAAGAAAGGCGGAGGGGGCGGAGACGGGAUGGGGGAGAAGGGGAGGGAAGGGAAGAGCGGCAAGGGGGGGAAGCAAGGGAAGGAGGGGGCGGAGGGCGAGGAGGAGGCGGGCGAGCUGGUUGAGCGGCUGAAGCAGUUUCUGGAGCGCGCGUCUGGCUUCGAGGGGGUGGAGGCGGGGAGGGAUGGCGACGGCAGUGAGAGCGGGGAGAGUGAAGAGGGGGAGAGAGGGGCGAGUGAGGAGGAGGAGAGGCGGGAUGGGCGGGAGGAAGUAGAGCGGGUGAGUGUGGAGGGAGGCGGAGGGGAGGGUGCAUGGGGGGUGCAGGAAGAGGGGGAGGAGGAGGGGGGGGAGGAGGGGCAGGGCGGGGAGGUGGUGAUGGGGCGGGAGAAGCUGCGGGAGUUUGAGCUGUUCAUGGAGGACCUGGAGGGCGUCAUGGCGCAGUACAGCCACGACGAGGUCAAGGGCUUCCGCGGUUUCCGGGGGGACGGCAGCUCGGAGGACGAGGAGGACGAGGGCAGCGAAUCCGCCUUCUUCUCAGAGCCGGGCAGUGACAGCGAGUGGGAGGACGCCAGCCACACGGGCAGCCUUGAGGGGGAGGGGGAGGAGAGUGGGGAGGAGGAGGAGAGGGGGGUGGGGCUGCCGCAUGAGGCAGUGGCGGGCAGUGGUGGUGCGGCGGAUGCUGUGGGCGGAGGCAGAGCGGCGCAGAGGGCAGGCAGAGGAGCAGCAGCGGGGGGGCUGCGACGGGGCUUCCUGGGUGCGGGCGGGGCGCCGGGAGGCAUGCAGGUUGUGGAGGAGAGGAGGGAGGAAGGGGAGAUGAGGAGAAGAGAUAAGGGCAAGGGGAAAGUAGUAGAAGAGGCGGUUAAGGAAGGCAGGGCGGGUGGUGCGAGCAGUGGCGGGGUGGCGGGCGGGGACGACUUCUACGCGCUCUACUCCGCCGCCAUGGCCGCCCAGCUCGCAAAGACCAAUGUGCCCAAGACGUCGCUGGCGCUGCCGCCCACCCACGAGCAGCGCUCGAAGCUCAGCAGCGCGGCCAGCAGCAGCAGGGCGGGGCGCGCAGCACCAGGCAGAGCAGGGGAGAGAGAAGCGGAGGCGGAGGCGGAGGCGGAGCGGGUGGUGGGUCAUCUGCGCAUGGCGCAGCAGCUGCAGGGGGGGCUGCCGGGGCCCGCUGAUGUGCUGCUGGACGCUGUGGGGGCGGGGAAGAGGGGGAGGGGGGGAAGGGGAAAGAGAGGGGGAAGGAAGGGGAGGAGAUGAGGGAGGAGGGGCGCUGCAUCGCUGUCAUCAUGUGGUGUGGCAGCAAACUUGCUGGUGCACAUGUGCUGCUGCCUGGCUGGCACCAUCACCAUAGGGGACUGGGCUCAUUAGUGUUGCAGCAUGUG